UCGGCCAGGGGCAGCGUGCUGAGGGGCGCCCCCCGCCGCCGCGCUGUGGUACGGCCCGGGGUAGGUGGGAUCGGCUGUGCGGGGAAGUCUCUGGCAGAUGAAUGAAGCCGCUGUGAUGGCAGCAGCAGUGUCGGCCCAGCAGCAGUGAGCGCAGCGCCGGGGGCAUCACACGGUGACCGUCACACGGGGCUUCCAGCUGUCAUUCCGGCCACACUGUGCUCUGAGGACCGGUGCCGGCCACCCUGCACCCCGGAGGGGACGCCUCUCCUCUCUCCCUGCAGCGGAUCGGAGUUAAGGAAAGUUACGUACAAAGUUGCCUUUAUCCCUCCUGGAGCUAGAGCCGGGCGCGGCGCGGCCACAUCCCCGGGCACCGGGCAGGAAUGAUUUUCCCGAGCAGCAGUUACCCUGUGAGAACCCCGUACAGGAAGCAGCAACCCAUUGUGCCUGCUCACCCCAUGGCUCCUCCAAGCCCCAGCACGACCAGCAACCACAACAGCAGCAGUAGUAGCAGCAGCUCUGGCUGGGAUCAGUUAAGCAAAACAAAUCUGUAUAUUAGAGGGCUCCUUCCAAACACCACAGACCAGGACCUAGUGAAGCUUUGCCAACCAUAUGGCAAGAUUGUUUCCACCAAGGCCAUUCUGGACAAGACGACCAACAAAUGUAAAGGUUAUGGAUUUGUAGACUUUGACAGCCCAGCAGCUGCUCAGAAAGCGGUUUCUGCUCUGAAGGCGACUGGAGUCCAAGCACAGAUGGCAAAGCAACAGGAACAGGACCCAACAAACCUGUAUAUAUCUAAUUUGCCGCUCUCCAUGGAUGAGCAGGAGCUUGAAAAUAUGUUGAAGCCAUUUGGUCAGGUUAUAUCUACAAGGAUACUUCGUGAUUCCAGUGGUACCAGCCGUGGUGUUGGUUUUGCAAGGAUGGAGUCGACCGAGAAAUGUGAAGCUGUCAUCAAUCAUUUUAAUGGAAAGUUUAUUAAGACGCUUCCUGGUGUUUCAGCUCCCACAGAAGCCCUGCUGUGCAAGUUUGCUGAUGGAGGGCAAAAGAAAAGACAGUCCCAGAACAAAUAUGUCCAGAAUGGAAGAGCCUGGCCGAGAGAGGGCGAGGUGAGACUUGCUGGAAUGACACUGACCUAUGAUCCUACUGCUGCUAUUCAAAAUGGGUAUGUCAGAAGGUUCUAUCCCUCACCAUACAGCAUUGCAACAAACAGGAUGAUUACCCAAACAUCCAUCACUCCUUACAUUACGUCUCCCGUCUCAACGUACCAGAUGCCAAGUACCUCCUGGAUACCACCACCUCAGUCAUACAUUAUGCAGCAUGCUGGCGCCGUGUUAACUCCGUCCAUGGACCAUACUAUGUCGCUACAGCCGGCAUCUAUGAUGAGCCCUAUGACCCAGCAGAUGAGUCACCUGUCAUUAAGCAGCAAUGGAACAUAUAUGCCUGCAACAACAGCUAUGCAAGGAGCGUACAUACCGCAGUACGCACACGUCCAAGCGGCUGCUGUUUCUGUGGAGGAACCCAGUGGGCAACAACAAGUGACAGUAGAGACCUCUAGUGAUCAUUCUCAGUACACCUAUCAACAGAACAAGUAACGCUAAGAUGGAGUGAUGACCUUUGAUUGGGGGAAAUGAGGUUCAGAUGCUGAAACAAUCAUGGAUUUCUCUGAACAAUCGUGCUUUAUGAAUUGACAGUUUUGCACAGGUUCUUGGGAAAAAAAUACAUUAUUUAUAAUGAAAUCAACUCAAACUAUUUUUGCUAUAAGUUCAAUGAGGUGCAUAAAAAAACCUUCAAUUCAUCUAGUGGCUGUUCCCCUGAACAGGUUUAUUUUAUUACGGAAAUUUUUAUCAAGUAAUAUAACACAAAAGAGACAGACUAUGAGUUUAUCUCUGGGUGUGCACAGGUGGCCAUUGUAUGAAUACAUGUGCAUGACAGAAAAUUGUGUUAUUUUUUUGGUGAUAUUUUUUCCCUUUUUUAAUUUGUAUGAGACUUUUUGUUUUAAUUUUUUUUAAGAAUUUGUAUGUUUGUUUUUUCCUGAAGGUUAAGCAUUUUACUGGCAAGAGACCAGUGAAGCAGGCGAUUGCAAAAUAAGUAUCGCUGGUUUCUAAAAAAAUAAAUAAAAAAAAAUAAAUACAUUUGACUUGGUUACAAUAAAAAGGCAUCUUUUGUGAUGCCUCUGUGCUUGCAGUGUGCGUGUUGCUGUAGUGCAGUGUUGCUGUUCGUUUUCUGAAUACUUGUAAUUUUUUUUCAUAGCGUGAAGUGUCUUAUCUUUUUUCAAUGAAUUCCAAUUUGCCUUAAAACUUAAUGCUGUAGCUUUUAUUUCUUCACGUAAUUACUAGGAAAAAAAAGUGUAGAUUGCUUUGACCAAGUAAAUUGGUCGAUUAUGCCUUGUAAAACAGCAGCAUAGGGCUCUUAAAAGGUAGUCAAUAAAAUUGCUGAAAAUUUGGCUUUUUAA